GAGGCCGGAUUUCCUGUUAAAAGCCACCUAAAGUGCGGGAUCAGGUGGCCUUCGGUCGGAUCGCUGCCGGUCUUCCUGGAGAAAUGGCCCUGUUGCUGCUCGGAGGACGUUUCCGCAGAAGCGGCCUGAGGGGAGUCGUGGCGGCGACCCGGAGCUCCUGCUCUUCGUUGACCUCCGGCAGACAGCGGGUCAACGGCGUUGAUCUGUACUACGAGAGGACGGGCAGAGGGAAACACGCCGUGCUGCUGCUGCCUGGAGCUCUGGGAAGCACCAAGACAGACUUCGGCCCUCAGCUGAAGUCCCUGAACAAGGAGCGCUUCACUGUGGUCGGCUGGGAUCCCCGCGGGUAUGGACAAUCCCGCCCCCCCAACAGAGACUUCCCCCCAGACUUCUUUGAGAGGGACGCGAAGGAUGCAGUGGACCUGAUGAAGGCGUUGGGCUUCGGCAAGUUUUCUCUGCUGGGUUGGAGUGACGGAGGGAUCACAGCUCUGGUUGCUGCUGGCAGGAACCCUGAACAGAUCCACAAGCUGGUCGUAUGGGGAGCAAACGCCUUUGUUUCCCCGCAGGACCUGAAGCUCUACAAUGCGGUCCGCGAUGUCUCCAGCUGGAGUGCAAGGAUGAGGCAGCCAAUGGAGGAGGUGUACGGAGCGCAAGUCUUUGCCAAAACCUGGGAGGCCUGGGUGGACGGCAUCGCACAGUUUGCCCACAGACCAGGAGGAAACAUCUGCAUGGACCUUGUGCCCCUGAUCAGCUGUCCCACCCUCAUCCUUCACGGUGAGAAAGACCCCAUGGUUCCCAGCGUUCACCCUCAGUACCUCCUCAAACACAUCAAGGGCUCACGAUUACAUCUAAUGCCCGAGGGAAAACACAACAUCCACCUGAGGUAUGCCGAGGAAUUCAACAAACUGGUGGAAGACUUCCUGCAAGAAUGAAACAACCGAUGGGUCGUUUGCAGUUCUAUAUUUUAUAAAACAAAUGAUGAUCAACAGCAGGAAGUCCAUGUCAAUGUAGAGACGGCAAGAAUAUAGACAGAAAAAGGAAAAUCUCAACAACAAUCUGCGAGGGUCCACAAAUGCUGUGUUGGAAAGGGAAAAUGAUCUGUUGCCCCUGUGCCCUCUGUGAUUUAUGCAAAUUAACAUGAAACACAGCUGUGAUAAAGAUCUGAAUGCUACGAAAUGUGUGGCGUUGUAAUGUAAACUGACAUUUCAGGCUUUAUUUGUCUUAUCUGCUGCUGUAGAUUAAACACAACCCAUU